AUGCUACCGUCAAAUAAUUCAGUCUACAAUCGUAAUCAAUUUGAGGACAUUCUUGAGGACAUUGUUGAAUACUUCAGGCAGCCUAUACAGCUAAAUUUCCAAACAAGACCUCCAAUGCAAAUACAAAAUCACCCACGGCCAACUCUUGAGCAAGAGCAACAUCAAUUUGAGCAACAACGAUUUGAGCAAAAUCGUGAACACAUGCAGAUGCAUCAAAGACAAUCAUCUCCUCAUCAAUUGAACGAUCCUCAACGGUUUAAUGCUCCUCUUCGGACUGGUAAUGAUAAUAGUACCGGUACUUCUAUGUCACGAUAUUCGACCUCUCUUCCCAAUGAGAACGUGUUAGGAAAACGUCCAUUUGCUUCAAACUCAUCGAGUGAGGGAUUUUCCUUGGAAACUUUCUCUGGACAGUUAGGAGUCAGUAGUUUGGCAUCGCGAACAGUUCCUGAAAAUCUCGCUCUGGUGGCUGGUAGAUCCACAAAUGCACCUCGACGUGGACGACCGCCAAAGAAUCUGUCAGGCACUUCAUCUCCAAAACCUCAAAAGUCAGCUACCGGUAUACCAAAGAGACGAGGCAGACCACCUAAGGACUACACGGCGCUAGUAAACAGGACCAAAUCAGACUCGUCAAUGGCUAAAGAUCACAAGACUAUACAUAACAAUGACAAUCCACCAAAGAAACGAGGCCGCCCUCCAAAGCAACCCUCUCCGGAACUAGAGAUUCUAGCUCCUAAUCCAACCUUUCUCAUCUACAAGUGUGAAUGGAAAAAUUGUCCUGCCAAAUUGCACAAUCUGGUUACUUUAAGAAUGCAUCUUUUUAAGAUCCAUGGCAAGAGAGAGAAUGGCAUGACUAGUUGUUUGUGGAAAGAUUGCACCGCUGCACAAACUAACGAAAAUAAAGAUCCGUUACCGUCAAAUUCGGAACAUAAUACACAGUAUAAAUUCAAGGACGAAGAUGAUUGGAAAAAUCAUGUCGAAAAAACACAUAUAACCCCUUAUGCUUGGCAUAUGGGUGACGGACCUCAGAAUUCAUUAGACGGUCCCAAGAAACCUGCUUUAUCGGCUCCUGCAUACUUGUUUGACAAAAAUGGUGUCCAAGUCAUACCAUCCAUCGAAAACCAACAAAUCGAGGGUGGAGACCCGAAAUGGAAUAACACCCACAGAUUCACGAGAGAGAUCGAAGGUCUGGACUAUGUCUUGAAUCCUAGAUACAAUGCGGAUUAUUCGACUCCCAUGCAAACGGAAGAAUAUAAUGCUCAGGAGGGUGAGCAGAUUCUUAGCGAUAAUCAGGAUGGAGAUGACGACGGCAAUGCGGAUAUGGACAUUGACUCAAGUUUUUAA